GCGCUUUGCAUCACGGUCAUUGUAGUCCGCCCGGGAACAGUCGUCGUAAUACUUCUGGGAAGUGGAGACUACAACUCCCACAAGUCACCAGAGAGUUAACCCGUCUAUACUGGAGUGCAGUGCUGAUGGUGUAACACAGGGAGAAAAGAAAGUGACAGCGCCAGGAGCCGGUAAUCCCCCUACAGGAAGCCCCCACUAGGACUGCCGUCAAGUGAGGGUGAGCUGCCCCUAACACACCGCCACUCGGUGCACACAAUGAACAUCUGGGCUCGCGCUGGACUCGUGGGCUCCAUCUCUUACUACUUACACAAGAAGAGGACGGCACUUGCUGAGCUCGGAAGGGGUGCUGGGCAGCUGGGCACGGAGGACCGGGACUAUGAGCUGAAGCUGGUACAGGUUGUCUAUCGUCACGGAGCCCGGACCCCCCUGAAGCCCAUCCCUCACAAUGAACAGGUAGAGUGGUCGCCAACUCUCCUGGUGACCCCAGAACACACCAACUUUACUUACACGGUGACAGAUCUGGUUGGAGGACCCAAACCCCCCUCCCCGUUUGAGGAGCGAUACAGAUCUCACCAGCUGAAGGGUGGCACCUUUCCUGGGCAGCUCACCACUGUAGGGAUGCAGCAGAUGUUCUCCCUCGGGGCCAGGAUGCGGAGGGACUACGUGGAAGAGCGCAAAUUUCUCUCACCGGUUUUUCAGCCAUCCGAGGUCUACGUCCGCUCCACUAACAUAGUUCGUAAUCUGGAGUCAACAAGGUGUUUACUGGCCGGACUGUACCAGCAGCAACAAGAAGGACCUGUCACUAUAGUAACAUCUGAUGCUGAAAGUGAAAUCCUCUACCCCAACUAUCAAGGCUGCAAGGGGCUAAAACAUCUGACCAGUGGCCGGAUGUCUCGCGCCUCCUCUCAGCCGGGAAUGACUGAUGAACUGAAGAAACUUCAGCAGGAGCUUAAUAUCGAUGACGCAAAGCAUGUGGACUUCUUCCUGCUGCUGGACAACCUGCUGGCCGAACAGGUACACGGCUUCCCGUUCUCCCUACAGUAUGAAAACCACCUGCAGCAGUCCGAGCAGAGAGCCAUCGAUAUUGUGUCUUACAUAAUGGGAGCCGAUAACAGAGAUGUUCUGAAGCUGAGCAUCGGGCCCUUCCUGUACGCUCUACAGAGCAACAUGCUGGAGACGGCGAAACGUUCUGCGGAGGACACACAGGCCAGGAAGCUCUUCCUCUACGCCUCCCAUGACGUCACGCUCAUACCUCUUCUCAUCGCCCUCGGGGUCUUUGACCAGAAGUGGCCGCCAUAUUCUUCGGACAUAACCUUGGAACUGUACCAGCACCGGCCUUCUAAGGAAUGGUUCGCCCGGCUCUGCUACAACGGGAAGGAACAAGUGGUGAAAGGCUGCAGCACCGGGCUGUGCCCCCUCGAUGAGUUCCUCAAUGCUCUCUCAGAGUUUGCUCUUAGUCCAGAAGACCAUAGGACACUGUGUAACGUUAUUGAAACGGAAACUGAUGACCGGGCCAAGGAAUAACCUCCCACCAUCUCAUUGUUCGAGUCUACACAAGUCCACUUACCUUCUAAAUACUUAUAUCGGUGUUUCCCGAACAGGUUGCCUCCAGCUGUUGCAAAACUGCAACUCCCAGCCUGCCCUGACUGCAUUUGGUUACAAGCAGCUUUGUCCUCCCCUAGCAGAUUAACUCAUCAGAUUAAAGCAGCACAGCGGCCUCCAAACUGUAUACCUCCAGCUGUUGCAAAACUGCAACUCCCAGCAUGCCUGGACAGCCGAAGGCUGUCCAGGCAUGCUGGGAGUUGUAGUUUUGCAACAGCUGGAGGCACCCUGGUUGGGGAAAUACUGACAUAUUUUAUGGCUGGCUCUCAUUAUUCAUGGUUCUGUUUUCUACUGCUGCAGGUUCAGUUCAGUGUCUGUGCGCAGACUUACAUUGUAGCGCCUUCUCUACACAUAGAAAGUAAGUGCCCCCUUUGCAUUAUGGGAGCAUAAAUAUGCUGUCAGGAGGUGUGUGUGUCUGACAGCAAGCUUUGAUGACUGUUUUCAAUAAUAACCAAGAGAAUUGCAAAUGCAGCUCUGAGGGUACAACACAAGCUGUAACUCAGGAUAUAUUU